AUGCCUUCAAGACGAUCCGUCAGAAGAUCAACUAUUGAAGCUUCUGCUCUAUCAGCCGCCUCUGCAGACAAGAAAGGAAUAAAAUCUGUGAUACGUAAUAAAAAAACUUCGCCAUCAAUUGUUAUUAGCCCUGUGACUCCUAUAAGAAAACAUAGACGCUCUGCAGAUGUCACUCCUAAGUCUGGAAACACGGAGAAUAAUGACUGUCGAUCAUCACCCAGGAAUAAACGCACUUCAGUAAAAAGGAAAAGUGUGUUACAACCAUCAAACACUGAUAGAUCAGCAGUUGAUACUAAGCCAUCUCCCAUGAAAACAAGGCGGCUACAUAAGAGUAAAGAAGCUGUCCCUCAUUGUACUUUAUGCUUUAAAACUAACGGAUCUUUGGAAACUUGUUCGAAAUGCAGUUUAAAUUAUCAUUUACAAAAAUGCUUGUCUUAUUCAAAGGUAAUGGAAACUAACUGUAGGAAUCUCACCUCCUGGCUUUGUCCGAAGUGUGUUCGCUGUGACGUAUGCCAAGAAUUGGUGGAUGAUGUAAAUAAUAAGGAAUGUGUUGUUUGUUUGCAUGCUUGGCAUGGUUCGUGCUCGGAAGGGAAAGGUCAUGGUAGUGUGUCAGUCUGGACUUGCAACAAAUGCAUCAAAGAAGUUGGCCCGCCUAAAUACCUGUCUCCUGCAAAGAUAAUUAAUCGGUUAGAGCUGCCUGCAUGGAGUCCCUUUCCUUCCCCACAAUCCUCUCCGGACAAGGGUUUGCUCACAAUAGAGAAACGUGGCCCGGGGCGGCCCAAGGGAGUUACACGGAACAUCAUGAACAGCAGAAAACUUGGCGAGGAAACAUCGAAAUCGGAGGAUAUUAUAUCCUCUAGAGAUCAGAUAUGGGAUAACUUGAUGGACUUCCACAACAUUGAAAAGGAUGGUGUGUCCACAAGUCCCAGAAAGAGAAGAGAUGUCACUGAUAACUCGAAAAAGCUACCAAAUUUAGCAAUCGAAGAGGAUAGAAGCUUAUAUGAAUCGGCGAAAAUGAAAUACAAAGCUGAAAUGGAAUAUUUAGCAACUCGUGAUAUCACUCAAAGUACAGUAGGGAAAUGGGUUUAUAUCGGGGGAAAACAGAAAAUGAAGGCGUUGUAUGAAAGUCCUUAUCCGGAAGACGUCCGGAAUGGUGAAUUCAUUUUCAUUUGUCCGUUUUGCCUAUUUCCAACAAGUGACUUCCAUGUUUAUCGAUUGCAUAGGGCGUACUGUCCUUUCCACCAUCCUCCGGGAAAUGAAAUCUACCGAGACGAGGAGCUCUCAUUCUUCGAAGUUGACGGAGCUGCUGAAAAGCAUUACUGUCGGAACCUUUGUUUACUAGCAAAGCUGUUCAUCUCUUCGAAAACUCUCCAUCACGAAGUGGAUACGUUCCUUUUCUAUAUCUUAACCGAAAUCACAGAGGAAGGUUGUAGAAUUGUCGGUUAUUUUUCAAAGGAGAAAAACCCGAGUAAAAACAAUAAUCUUUCGUGUCUUCUAACCUUGCCAAGCGAGAGUAGAAAGGGAUUCGGUCGACUAUUAAUAGAUAUGAGCUAUCAGUUGUCAGCUCUCGAACUGAAAGUUGGUUCUCCAGAGCAUCCACUCUCCGAUUUAGGCUUGUUCGCUUAUCGUGGCUAUUGGAGAUCCAGCAUCCUAUGUUACUUACGAUCUGUGCGAAAUCUGGCACAAACUUCUGUAAAAUCCAUGUCACUCAGCACAAGAAUCCAUCCGACGGACAUCGUGAAUCAAUUGCUUCGCGACAAACUGUUAUUGUACAAAGAGGGGAAUUAUUAUGUGAAAACUGGAAAAAGGGCAUAUAAAUGGCCAUUGUCAAUGUGUCGCCGACGCAUAGUACGUCCAGAGAAGCUUCACUGGAAGCCUAGUUAUGACAUAAGUCAGUUGGAUCCUACUAGGUUAAAUUAUUAUGUUUGA